AUGGGAGAAAUGGGACAACCAGGUAUAUAUACUUUACAAUUUAUUUUUUUAUGGAGGACGUCUUAUCAUCGACUCGCAAGCCAGGCUCUUUACCUUCAAUUCGUAGUUAACAAAAACAAUUUUCAUACCGCAGUAAGCCAAUUCCUUAUUCUCGUGUAAAUAGUCACAAAAUUUUCUCAAGCAAGAUUGGUAGUUCAAUUAGAAAACCCAUAAAUUGAACUGAAAAUUUGUGAACCAGCCUUUGCAAUUAUUGCCACUGACAUUUUACCUGAGCAAUAUUUCCAAUAUGGUCUACUUAUUGAUUGCUGGCAUGCAUUUUUUUCCAAUAACUUGUCACAUCUUAGGUAUUUUUCAAACUUAUCAUUUUUAUUAUCAGGUGAAAUGGGAAUGCAAGGUCCGCCAGGAAAAGACGGUAGAAAUGGAACACAUGGGCGUGAUGGACGGCCAGGUCCAGAAGGACCACAAGGGCCAGAUGGUCCCAUGGGACCACAAGGUCCACCAGGAAAGAAAGGACAAAACGGAACACAAGGACCACCAGGACUGCCAGGAUUAGAUGGUUUGCCUGGAGGCGAUGGUCUACAAGGACGUCCUGGAAAAGAUGGAAGAAAUGGAACUCGUGGACCUCAGGGAAGGCCUGGUUCAGAAGGACCACAAGGACCCGAAGGACCAAAUGGGCCACCUGGAAAAGACGGGAAAAAUGGGGCACAAGGGCCACCUGGACCUCCUGGCCAAAGUAAGCAUGGAGAGUACACGCGAAAAUAUUAAAAGACCACUAACCCCAAAUAUGAUUUUUAACAUCAGUACGAUUUCAGUCAUUCUGUGAAAAAACGAAAAUCAUCUUCAUCGACUUUUACUGUACAAGUUUCUGGAAACGUGUUAGAUAAGUUCAUACAUGUUUAGUUUGCAUUGUUUACUCUGCUGCAAUUAAUCCGAAAUACUUCACAUCCAGCACUUUAAUUUGACAGUACCAAUGUACUGUAGUACAUACGAAAUGUUAUAUGUGCGAUGGAUCUCAAAACUUGGGCUCCAAUUCAGGCAGAAGGAUAAGCCGCAUUCGUUGAUGUUUGCUCUUUCAAUUAUUUGUGAAAGAUAUAGGUCCCUAUAGUUUCAACUUUUGAUAGAUGAGCCUUCGAUAGCAAAUUAGUGACGUUAGGAUAUAGGAGCUAUUAGUGAAAUGCCUUCGGUCGGAAUGUUGAAAUAUUUAUGUAUAAAUAUCUUUUCCGGCCGUUCAGACUUAAAUUACAACAUGCGAAUGUCUUAUUAUAAUAUAUGUUCUCAUAUAUUACCUCCCCUAUUUAUUUAUCCACCUAACAUAGUCAGGUUAUAAUUUAACUACUGCAGGAAAUCCUGGUCAAAUUAACUAGACUAUAUAGGUUAAAAUAAGCAGGAAAAUUAACAGGAAUAUUACGUUAAUCCAAAUAGUGUUAUUAAUUUCUGUAUACGUUUUUAUCCAUCAUCCCACUAUCAUCAGUAGUGCAGUGACCAGGUCAUAGUAACUUUUCCUUUUCCAUGCAUCAUCAGUGGUUCUUCAGAAAAAUAAUUUAAUAUUCUGUUGACAUUUAGUAAUUAAUGGAGUAAAUUAGAGACCAGAUCGGAACGUAUCACACACACAUAUUCAAACACAAUUCGUCUUCAAGUAACAUAAAUAAAUUCUAGCUGCAAUUCCCUAGCUCGAUAAUUGAUAAUAUCAACCAAUUAGUAUAAUAUAAGUUUAAUCAAAGACCUUUGAGGCCAACUCACGAAUGGAUGAUCGAAGGCCGAAACGGUACCGUAUAUAUAUAUAUAUAUAUAUAUAUAUAUAUAUAUAUAUAUAUAUAUAUAUAUAUAUAUAUAUAUAUAUAUAUAUAUAUAGCUUAAGAUUUUGGUUUACGAGACACAAACAGUGCUCAAUACCAUAUAGAUAGAGCGUAAUAUAGUUUUUCGUUUUACCUCAAAAAACCACAACAGUCUGUUUCAUCCGUAUAGGAAUCAUCAGGUGGUGAAUAAUUUCGAAAUUGUAGGUUGCUUUUAUGCUAUCGAAAGAAUGUGCGGAAUGCGUGUAGGCGAAACAAUGCUUAGGUGAAACAAUGCAUGCUUGGGUCAUUAGGUUUUGUUAACGACCUUGUUUACUCGAAACCGGUUUUUGUGACGACAUUUGCCGAAAAUUUCGCUUCUUUUAUUGAGUAAAUUGUCUUUGUUUAUGUCUUUCAAAAUUCAAAAUUUUUCUUCCAAACAUAAAUUGCAGCGUUUUGAUCCCCCUGUGUACGAAAUAGCGUGUUUUAGAAUUGACCAUUUGAUGGUAUAAUCCUGAUUGUUUUCUUUUAAUUUCCAAAUAUGUUUCGAAAGUUCCGUUUUGUUUGAGUCUUUUUUAUGACGAAAAGAUGAAGUGUGGUUAGCGUAACGUUCGUUAAAUGUAGUCGCUGUCAUACCAAUGUAAUGUUUAGUGUCGUUCGUGUUGUUCGUUGUGACUGUUGCUUUGUAAAUAAUGUUGUUGGUCAUGCAUUGUUUCGGUAGUGGGCAAGUGUUUUUGUUGUCGCAGUUACAGUUGUCAGUUUCCGUAUUCUGCGAUUGACUGUUCCUAAUUAUAUGUGCGUUGUGUUUGGUGAUUAUGGACUUAACGUUGUUCAUGCAACUGUAGCUUACUUUUAAAGUGUUUCUGUUAAAAAUCUUGUGUAGUUUGUGCUGUAGCGGGAAGUGUUUGUCAAUUAAACUUAAGAAUUCCCGUCCUAUGUUCGUGUUAAGAAUUCCCUUCCCGUGUUAAGAAUUCCCGCCCUAUGUUCGUGUUAAGAAUUCUUAAGAAUUCACGGUGUUACAAGUGACGGUUGAAUCUUCCGUAUGAUGACGUUGGACUUGUUUGAAUUAUACGCGUGAUGGCACAGCGUGCGCACGUUCAAACUUUCCCGCGAGGAAUCGCUUCCGGUGGCGGCACUUCGAGAAAAGUUCACACCGCUUGUUCAGUAGUUUUGUCUUAUCACCUUUCAGGAUAUGCAAUUUUUCCUGGAGACAAAGAUCACAGUUUUUUGCGCCGCUGCGAUAGGAAGGUGUUUGUUUUAGUAUUGUCCAUUUAAUGUUGAAUCUGCGUUUCUCUUUCUUUAAUUGCCAAAUGUAUUUGGAUAGCUCGGUGGAAUUUCGUUUGUCUGGGUUUUCGAACGAGGUUUUGUGAUUCAAGCAAUCGCUUGGGCUCAAAACUACGUCGCCAUCAGUGAACAACAAGUCGAGAUUAUUAAACACGCACGGAACUCCCUUCUCUUCAGUAACGGUAAAACCUGGAUCAAACAACAGGACAACCCCUUGUUCGACGUCACCAUGGGGAGUUAUGAUGGGGCAGAAGUUUGUGAACUCGUAGGGUUAUUUAUACUCAACUCUCUGGCAAAAAAAUAUGGUAAAGAACGCGUUGGCCUUUAUCGAGAUGACGGACUCAUUCUCUUAAGUGGGACAUCCGCUCGACUUGCUGACAAAGCAAGAAAAGUUCUUCACGAACUGUUUGAAGAAUUCCAUUUGAAAAUCACCGCAGAGAUCACACACCAAUCCGCCAACUUCCUUGAUGUCACUUUUAACCUACGCGAUGAAAGCCAUCAAUCCUAUCAUAAACCUAAUAACGACCCGCUUUUCAUUGACAGCCGUUCAAAUCAUCCUCCUGCAAUCACGAAGCAACUUCCAACUUCAGUUAACAUGCGGAUUUCACAGCUAUCGUCCAACCAAGAAGCUUUUUCAAACACCGCUCCUCUGUACGAAGCUGCCCUUCGCCGUAGCAAUUACCAAGCGAACUUGAAAUAUUCCCCCAAUAAUUCCAAGACCAGGAAACAAUCAAGUAACAUCAUUUGGUUUAAUCCACCUUAUAGUACGAACGUAAGAACCAACGUGGGUAGAAAUUUCUUAAGUUUGGUUGACAAGCAUUUCCCCCCCAUCAAAUCCACUACACAAAAUAUUUAACAGGAACUCGGUGAAGGUUAGCUACAGCUGUAUGGACAAUUGUAAAAGCAUCAUAUCCAAACAUAACAUCGGUAUCCUGUCCAGAAGUAAGACAGCUACAUCACCAACAACAAACGGCAAUGAUAACUGUAACUGCAGAAACACCGACAAUUGUCCACUCCAAAAUAAUUGCCAGAUAGAAAGUGUCGUGUACAAAGCGGAAGUCGAGGUUGACAAGGAGACUACCAAAUAAUAUAUUGGCAUGACUUCGACAACCUUCAAAAAGCGCUUUGCGAAUCACAAAACCUCGUUCGAAAACCCAGACAAACGAAUUGUGUAAACAUUGUAUAAUUGUACAUAUAUAUAUAUAUAUAUAUAUAUUCACUAUUAAUCAACGAGUCAAUGAAUCAAACAAUCAAUCAAAUAAUUUAUAAAUAAGCAUAAAAAUAAAUAAAUAAAAAUAUACAUAUAUAAAUAGUUUAUAGUGUCGUCUGAAAAAGAAAUAAACAGAUAAUUACGACUAGUUGGCUCAGUGAAAAUUAGGGGAAUUUGUUUGUCCUUACAUUUUCUAAACUACUACAAAAGUCCCCCAUACAUGAACAAAACCCUUAACGCGUUAUGUGUAAAAUCAGAAUCUCAAAAAAGCAACAGGAAUGCUUUGUGCAUUUUAUCUGAUCCCUGCAUGGCGAUAAAUUAACCAAUGUACUUUACGACAGACAGACAGUUCUAAGUUACUUCGACACUAUGACACGCAAAGCACCCUGAUCAAUUCCCAUUGUUUACUCUUUACAGAUAUAACCGGUCCUCCUGGCCCUCCAGGUGGAGCAAAGUGCACGAUUUUGAAAGGCCAAACUGAGCCAUUGAUUUGUGAUGAAAAUUAUAUCAUG